AUGCGCCCGCCCCUUCGCAUCGCCGUGCUCGAAUGCGACACACCCCUCGAAGGCACCAACCGCCGCUACAAUGGCUACGGCGGUGUCUUCCGCGCGCUGUUGUCCGCCAGCGCCAAAGCCCUGAACCAGCCCGAGUUACUAGACCCGGAAUCCGGGCUCGACAUCUCCUGCUGGGACGUCGUGAACGGGGAUGCGUACCCCAAACUCGAGGAGAUCGACGCGGUGCUCCUGACGGGCUCAAGACAUAACUCCUUCGACGAUAUCCCCUGGAUCAACCGGCUUGUCAAGUUCACGCAGCAAAUCCUCGCCCAAGACCGGGUGCGUAUCCUCGGUAUCUGCUUCGGACACCAGAUCGUCGGCCGCGCUCUGGGCGCGAAAGUCGGGCGCAGCGAGCAGGGGUGGGAGAUAGCCGUGUGCGGGAUGGACUUGACAGAGAAAGGAAAGGAGCUGUUUAGGCGAGAGAAGAUCCGCAUCCAGCAAAUGCACCAAGACAUCGUCUUCAACUACCCCCCUAACACCAUCUCGCUGGGCUCGUCGCCCCGCUGCGCCGUGCAGGGCAUGUACGCGCCGGGCCGGUUCGUGACGGUUCAGGGGCACCCGGAAUUCACCGGGGAGAUUGUCACGGAGAUUGUCCAGAACCGGGCGAGGUUGGGUGUUUUUAACGAGACCCAGGCGCAGGACGCUCUGGGGAGGGCGGGCGAUGAGCAUGAUGGCGUUGCUAUUGGGACGGCGUUUCUGAGGUUCCUACUCGAGGAUUGA